AUGCAGAAUAACGACGGUAAUGAUGCGAGUAAUAAUAAUCCUCCAAUUUUGAGAAAUGAGCCGAUUAACCAGGAACAGCAACGACCCGACAAAACACGUGAUCCGAACGGCGAGGUAGCCGCCAACAACAGCACCGAAAAUACUACUUGUAACACCACUGCGUAUUUGAAAUAUUUCAGCGUGGUCAAACCCGCCGAAUUAUCUGUGUUUUCCGAUCGCAAAAUGUACGAUGAAUCAAAAAGGACCGUGUCCACAAAAUCGCCUUUGAGUUCAAACCCUGUUUCGGGAACGCUAGACGCCAAAAACGGAAAAAACUUUUACGCAGGCAACACGUAUAAGAACAAUAAAAAAUCUGGACAAUAUCAUUCAUAUCGUCAACAGCCGUGGAACAACAAGAAGUACCCAAACAAAUAUCGAAAGAACAAAAACAAUUAUUCGGCGAGUUGUAACCGCGGAUUCAAUGAAUUUAUUUCAGCGAACAAUGUCCACGACACACGCAUUGGAAAUGACCGGCCGGCUUCUACAUAUGACUCUGCUUGUAUAGAGCCGACUUUAAAUCAAAAUGCUUUGACCAAUAAAAUUUUCCUGGACAAUCAUGAAAAUUCUGAAUAUGAUUCAGAAUGUGAAUCUGACCCUGGCGAUUUAGAGAAAAUGAGUAUGAUGACAGCUGCAGAUUUUAAUGAUGAUCGUUAUGCUCGCUAUGGGAUACACGAGUCAGAAAUCAAAGACUAUGUGCGCACUAUUACUUACAAAAACUGUAUAGAAUAUUGUUCAAAUGGAUAUAUUAAGGAUAAAGUGGUUUUAGUUAUCCGCUGUGGUAUUGGCUUAUUACCAUUGUUAUGUGCUAGGGAUGGAAAAGCCAAAAAAGUAAUUGCUUUAGAACAGUCAGCUUGUAUUGAAUAUGCUCGUCGCAUAAUCACAGACAAUCGGUAUAGUACUGUGAUCACUUUAGUUCAAAGCAAUGUUCAUGACUUAAAACAGUUGCCACACAAACUCAAGAAGGUAGAUGUUAUAUUAUCGGAUUGUUUGGGAGACUGUGUUUUAAGUCAAGGUGAUCAAAUGGAACAGGUUAUUGAAGCUAGAGAUCGUUUUCUUGUUUCAAAUGGCUUAAUGAUUCCUAUGUGCGUUACUCUAUAUGGUCAGUUAUUAGAACAAAGACGAGUUUUUGGAAAUUGUCGUAUACGUAAAAGUACUAAAAAAAGGACAUAUAAAAAAUGUGACAAUUGCCUGAAUUCAAACGAGUCUGGGAAAUCUGAAACACUGUCUAGUGAUACUGACAGCUCAUCAGAUUCAACAUUGUGUUCAUGGUGGAGUAAUGUUUAUGGAUUUGAUAUGAGAUCAAAUACAGAAAUUGUAGUUGGUGGUAAUUCUGAAAGUGUUGACUGUCCUGACUCAGCCAAAGAUAAGUGGUUCAUGAUGGAUGAACCACUAGUUACAUUUUUUGAUCCGUGCAAGGUAGUGUCAAAUGCUUGCUUAAUAAAAAAGUUUGAUAUGAAUAAGUGUACUAUUGAUGAAGUUCGCCAUGUGCAUAGUAAAGACUUAGUUUUAGAGUGUACUACACCUUAUACGAGUGCCAAUGGAGGAGACUAUGCACAUAUGUUAGAGCUGUUUAUGGUAGUUGAUUUUCCUAAUGGUCAAAAAACUUUUGAUGAUGAACUACAAAUAGGAUUUUCCACAUCAUCUUUUUCACCAUAUACUAGAUUUAGACAGACUGGUUUAUUGUUAAGGGACCAGUUGCUUGUAGAACAAGGUGACAAGUUUAAAAUUAAUGAGUUCCGUAUGUGGCGUGGUCCUCAACAAAGUCAAAAAACUAUGUUAGUUGGAGAAGAUACUAUCACUAAAAGUACUUGUACUAGAUUUGGACCAGAGGAAAAUUUAAAGCUAAGGUUAAGGUAUACAUUUAUCAACAAUAAAACCAAGGCAAUUAACAGACGUUGUGCUUACACAUUAGUCAAGCAAUUAUUUUAA